CUCUACACAACAUUUUGGUUUCUUUCCUUUUUUCGAAACUGAAAUUCUACCGUGAUAACUUAUGUAUUCUUGAUCGAGUAAAAAAUUUGUACAUAAAGAAAAAAUGCCAGGAAUAUUCGGGAAGUUCCCGACUAACCGUCUCGGACCUAAUCUCCUGCAGAUAUCUCGAUGCGUUAGCUACCAUGCUCCACUCUUCCGGCCGCGCAGCCUACUCUACACAGAACGGCUAGGACAGCUCUGCUGCAGUGCCUCCUCCGGAUCCAAGUCUAGCCGAAGGACCACUCAGCCAAGUCGCGUCCGGGUGCAGAGGUACUCGCAAAAGGGUAGCAAUGUGUUCUCGGUCAGCGAUAAUGCGGACGUGCUGCGCAAACGGAUCAGCUUCUCCGGCACCUCGGGCAAGGCGCCCAAGAUCAUGCCCAUUGGGCUGAUUACACCGGAAACGGCGGACGGCAAGGAUCUGAAGAUUGUCAUUGUGCCUUUGGAUAUUUCCGCCAUGGAUGCCAACGAACUCAAGGAUACGCUGGAAACCAUCAACAAGUUGCGCUUGUACGCCAACCACAUCGAGACCUUCUCCAACAGCAUGGUCGAGGAAUACGGUGCUUUGAACGAGGCCGUGCAGGAAGUGGAAUCGGCGGAUCAGCCCCAAGGAGGGGCUGGAGAACGCCACUCGUGGGAAUCCUACCCAGCACACGUCAACGCUGUGGGAACUGCAUUGGAUGCGGGUCAGGGUGUCAGCUUACCGAUGCAGCGCCAGGCGGCAGUCAAUAGUUGCCUCCAAAACGCUCUAAACAGCUCAGCUGCCAGCUCUGCUCUGAAAACCACCAAGUCUAUGUCGGCCAUGGCCCAGAUGGAACCCAUCCUUGGGUCUACCAACCAGGAGAGCGACUUCGUCGAAGAGGUGCGUGUGGAUGUGCCGCAGGAUUUGAGCAAUCGGCUUAACGAUAUGGCCGUUUCGUCAAUGGAGCUGUCUUUCGAAAUGGACAUGACCAACCUGCGGCAGGCUCUCGAAAGCAAGGGUACGAACGCCGUAACUCCGCAGGAUCCCAUGAUCUGUAUGCACACAAAGGUGGAAUUGGAUGCGCCUGGUACCGUAGAGCAAACGCUGCCGCUUAGGUUCAACGCCUUGAUCUCGGGCGUAGUGGAGAUCGAUACCAAGAAGCUAAGUCCCGCCCAGCUGACGGAGGACAAAAUGCCGGCCUUCAACGAUGACCUCACCUCGCUGGCUGCCAACCUUUGCAGCACCGCCUUGGAGAAGGGAUUCGCGGGGAACUCUAAAUCCUCGGACACCUACAUCGCCGACCUGGAGCUGACCAAAGAUGAAGAGACCAUUCCUACCAGGAUCAUCGAUACUUCCUAUAUGUCGGCGGCUAAUCAAGUUGGUCACGUACGUGAAGCCCAGCAGAAGAUAGCCGAGGAAGCGUGUGCAAUGCCAGGGACCCAGGAGCAAGAGGUGCCCGUUCCCGUGGACAAAGACGGCUGCAAGCAUCCACCCGUUAAGCCCAAGCGCAAAUGUCCUGGAAAAUGUCCGCUGAUCACAGAUCCUUGCAAGGACGAUCCCUGCGAGCGACCUAAAAAGAAGAAGACUCCAAAGAAGGCUUUAAAAACCACUGAGAUCACGUGCAAGGCAAAGAGCUCUUGUGGCAAGGAUAAGAAAAAGGAUCCUUGUGGCAAGAAGGACAGUAAGAAAAAGGAUCCUUGUGCUAAGUUCAAGUCCGGGGAAAAGAAAGAUCCGUGCGCAAAGAAAAAGGAUGAUCCGUGCGCCAAGAAAAAGGAUCCGUGUGCUAAGAAAAAGGAAGAUCCGUGUGCCAAGAAGAAGGAUCCAUGUGCCAAGAAGAAGAAGGAUCCGUGUGCCAAGAAGAAGAAGGAUCCCUGUGCCAAGAAGAAGAAGGAUCCUUGCGCAAAGAAGAAGAAGGAUCCUUGCGCAAAGAAGAAGAAGGAUCCUUGCGCAAAGAAGAAGAAGGAUCCUUGCGCAAAGAAAGACAAGAAGAAGGAUCCCUGUGCCAAGGGCAAAAAGGAUGACAAGAAAAAGAAGGAUCCGUGCGCCAAGUUCAAGAAGGGUGGUGCUGGUGGCGGCAAAGGCAAGUGCAAGUUCUCUACUCUUGCUAACCAUCCGGAUGCAAGCAGGCGCUACUUGUCCACCGCCUUAAGCCAAGUCUUCCGUGAGCCGAAUACUGUCUCCAGGGGUCCCCGCUUCCAAGUCUACUCCACUCUUGUGCGCCGUCACUAUCGUGUCCCAGUUCCAAAGAUUGCGAGCUCUUGCACGUGUUCCCUCUGCAAGAGUCGGCUGCUCCACAAGGCAGUUGCUCCUGCACGAUUCACCAUCAACACGGCCCUCUUGAGAAGACGCUUCGGUGGACUUACGGGAAGGAUCUCCGGAGGAGCCCUACUGCAAAGCAGCUGCCGCGGAUACGCCGAGGAGGGCAAGUCCGGCGGCAAGUGUGGCGAAAUGAAGCCAAAGUACCCCAUCAAUCGUGGCAAGGACAUCAAGGAGCGAACGGGACUGCGCGAAGAUUGCUUCGACAACCACGGCGACUGUCCCAAGAAGAGCUGCACCGGCAAAUGCGCCAAGGUCAAGUUCCCGAAGAAGAAGUGCGAUCGCAAGAAGAAAAAGGAUGACAGAAUAGGCAGUCUCUUGGCCCGGAGUUCCAUUUCCCAGUUGCAGAGAAGAUCAUUAAGCACACGGGUUUGUUGCCAUCCAUCCUCUGAAAAGCGCACUGUGGAUGAUCAAGCUCUAACGAUGCGCAUUACGAAUCCGUACGAGAUCAGCGUGGUUCCUGUUUCCAAGCCUCGACCAAAGGAUUUUGACGUCCUUAUCCGGACGGCCUCAGUGGCCAUCUCGAACUCGGACAUCCAUGUCUAUGAGAACGGCAAUCGGGACAUAGAAGGCAUGUCCCUGGGCCAUGAUGCAACGGGUGUCGUGGAGGAACUCGGUCGAUGCGUCCAUCAUCUGCACGUGGGUGACCGCGUCGUCAUGGAGUCGGCGUUGUCCUGCGGCAUCUGUGACCUAUGCAAGAAGGGCCUGUACAACAUGUGUUCCGGAUUGGUGUACAACGGCUUCCUAAGCACCUACCAAACGCAUCCGGCCGACCUCUGUCACCGGCUCCCCCCGUGCAUCAGCUUGGAGGAGGGUGCCCUUACUCAAACACUAGCUUUGGGAUGUCAGGCGUGCUUCAAGGCCAACGUCACGCCCACCAGCAAUGUCCUCAUCCUGGGAUCCUGCCCAACGGCAGUGGCGGCCGGCAUAUGCGCGAAGGCCAUCGGAGCCAAGCGUGUGGCCAUAGCCGGAUGUAUGGCUCCGGCUCUGGAUGUGGUCGCCCGGGACUUCGGUUUCCAAGCAGUGGAGUUCGACAGCAACGCCCUGUUCGGAGAGGUCCUUGAAGCCAUCUACAGCAAGUUCAAGGAGUGGCCGGACUGCGUGAUUAACUGCUCCAUCUCCGCAAUGACGAUGAAUCUGGCUGUCAUGGCCUUGCAGCCUUGUGGGGUGUGUGUGCUGGCCGAGUGCGAUUCGGAGUGUGCCAGCUUCAAUGCCCUGGACGUUCUGAUGAAGAACAUCCGCCUUGUGCCCAGUUUUCGUUCCGCCAAUAUGUAUCCGACGGCUCUUGAACUUAUGCACUCUGGCCGAGCACAAAUGCAUAAGUUCAUAACGGCAAAGUACCUCCUGAGCGAGGCGGAGGAGGCCUUUCGAACUGCCCAGCACGAGUCCAACAUUGGGCUGGGUAAGGUGAUUGUUAACUGUGCGGAGGAAGUAGACGUCUAGGAGAAUCAGAGGCAGACGUUCCAUGCCGGCACUAAACAAAUCUAUGGUGGUAAAAGCUCUGUGAAAGCCGUAACAAAAACUUCUUAUUAUAAUUGAAGUUAAUUCUGUGUUUUCGACUUUAAAUUCGAAAUUAGAAUAAAACAAUUGAGUUAAGUAUUGCAACAAAAA